AUGAUCUUCGCCGUCCGCCAACUACAGAAGGAGUGCCAGGAGAUGCGAAUGCACCUCCACUCCACUCUCUUGAAUCUGACGAAAGCCUUCGGCACGAUGAACCGCGAAGGACUGUGGAAAAUUAUGCAGAAAUUCGGCUGUCCCAAACGAUUCAUUCAGACGGUGCGUCAGCUCCACGAUGACAUAAUGGCGCGCGUCACAGAUAAUGGAGCCGUCUCAGAGGAAUUCGCAGUGACCAACGGAGUAAAGCGGGUCUGCGUCCUCGCGCCUACCCUCUUCAGUCUCAUGUUCUCUGCCAUGCUGAUGGAUGCCUAUCGUGACGAACGCUCAGGGAUCCGCGUCACCUAUAGGACAGACGCCACCUCCUCAAUCAGCAGCAGAUAG